UUCCCGAAGACUAUUAUAAAUUAUAAAUCCAAUUUUUCCGUCAUUGACAGUAAAACGUUAUUACCUUAUGUCAAUGAAUUAUGGCUAACCAACUUCUAAUGCUCUCGGCUAGUAAAUUUGAGCACUUUUUUCUAAAUCGGCUGUGUCAUUUACAGAUGUGGAAAAAGUAUCUAUUUGGCCCUUGCGGGCUUAAUGAACCUGGAAUACAACAAUGGCAACUUUUCUGCAGUAAGCCACCUAAAGGCUUUGAAAAGUUUUUCCCGGGAAAGAAAGAAAAGGAACCUCUCAAGCAAAGCAAGCCUUCCUCCAAGGGCCAAGCUAGUAAAGAUAAUUCAAACAAUUUCAAAAAAGACUUUAGCUAUGGUCUUGGAUCUACAAAAAAAAUUGGAUCAGGAAGCGACAGUCCCUUCAAAAGUGACAAAUGGUUUACAACUUUAGGAGCUCUAGGGGCUAUUGGACUUGUUGGAGCAAUGAUUUUUCUUGAAGGAGGCAAAGAAAUUACCUGGAGAGAGUUUGUUAACAGCUACUUAAACAAAGGAACAGUUGAAAAGUUGGAAGUUGUAAACAAAAAGUGGGUGAGAGUUAGACUUCAACCCGGUUCCAAUUCAGAUGAUACACUAUGGUUUAAUAUUGGAAGUUCCGACACAUUUGAAAGAAAUUUAGAAAAUGCCCAGCUUGAACUGAACACUGAACCCCAAAACUAUAUACCUGUUAUUUAUAAAAAUGAAUUAGAACCUGGACAAAUAAUAUCGUACCUUCCAAGUCUUUUGACAAUAGGAUUUUUACUUUACUUUACCAGGCAAACUACAAGCAUGUUUUCGGGUAAAGGAGGUCGCGGUAGAGGACUCUUUGGAAAUGUUACAUCAUCAACAGCUAAACUGAUUAAUCCAAAUGAAAUUGGAGUCAAAUUCAAGGAUGUUGCUGGUUGCGAAGAAGCUAAAAUUGAAAUUAUGGAGUUUGUAAAUUUUUUAAAAAAUCCACAACAGUACAUCAACCUAGGAGCUAAAAUCCCUAAAGGUGCACUGCUGACAGGUCCGCCUGGAACGGGCAAGACUUUACUUGCCAAAGCUACUGCUGGAGAAGCCGCAGUACCUUUUUUAACAGUAUCUGGUUCUGAGUUUUUAGAAAUGUUUGUCGGUGUUGGACCGUCUCGAGUAAGAGACAUGUUUUCUAUGGCUCGAAAAAAUGCCCCGUGUAUUUUGUUUAUCGACGAAAUUGAUGCUGUGGGUAGAAAACGAGGUGGAAAAAGUUUUGGAUCACAUUCGGAACAAGAAAAUACGUUAAAUCAACUUUUGGUGGAAAUGGAUGGUUUUAAUACAACAACUAAUGUUGUUAUUCUGGCUGCAACUAAUAGGAUUGAUAUUUUAGACAAAGCUUUAUUACGUCCAGGUAGAUUUGACAGACAAAUUUUUGUACCAGCACCAGACAUUAAGGGACGAGCCUCGAUUUUUAAAGUUCAUUUAGAAAAUUUAAAAACGACCUUAGACAAGAUAGAUUUAGCAAGAAAGAUGGCUGCUCUAACUCCAGGUUUUACUGGAGCUGAAAUAGCAAAUGUAUGUAAUGAAGCGGCAUUAAUUGCUGCUCGUGAUCAUAAGGACAGCAUAGAAAUGAAAAACUUUGAGCAAGCAAUUGAAAGAGUUGUAGCAGGGAUGGAGAAGAAAACCAAUGUUUUGCAACCUGAAGAAAAAAAAACUGUGGCUUAUCAUGAGGCGGGACACGCAGUAACUGGGUGGUUCCUUGAACAUGCAGAUCCUUUAUUAAAAGUAUCCAUUAUCCCACGAGGAAAAGGAUUGGGUUAUGCUCAGUAUUUACCUCGAGAACAAUAUCUUUACACUAAAGAACAACUGUUUGAUAGGAUAUGCAUGACCUUAGGUGGUAGAGUAUCAGAAGAAAUUUUUUUUGGUCGCAUUACUACAGGUGCACAGGAUGACUUGCAAAAGGUUACACAGAGCGCAUAUGCUCAAGUUGUUCAUUAUGGAAUGAAUGAAAAAGUUGGACAAGUAAGUUUUGAAAUGCCGCAACCAGGGGAUAUGGUUCUUGACAAGCCGUAUUCUGAAAGCACAGCUCAACUUAUAGAUCAAGAAGUCAGAACCAUGAUUCAUCUCGCACAUGAACGUACUACUAAACUUUUAAAUGAACAUAAAGAUAAUGUAAUCAAGGUUGCUGAGCGACUAUUGAAGCAAGAAAUUUUAAGUCGAGAUGAUAUGAUCGAGCUGCUUGGACCAAGACCCUUCCCAGAAAAAUCUACUUAUGAACAAUUCGUUGAAGGUACAGGAUCCUUCGAAGAAGAUACGAGCUUGCCAGAAGGCUUAAAAGAUUGGAAUAAAACACGGGAAUCUCCCACUCAUCAUAGUUCAAAUGAGAAGCCUACAUCAUCUUCUUUACAAAAAUCAGAAGUGGAUCAAAAGCAAUAAUUAUAAUUUUACUCAUAUUUUCUUGUUUUGGUAGGUUUGACAGAUGCACCAGUAAUGCAGUGCUAAUAGUUAUAAGCGAUAACUUUGUACCAUAGUUACUAUUAGAAAAAGUUUUUUUUAAUGUAAUAAUUUUUGUUGGCCAACUGUAGAUGACUAAAUCUAGAGGUCUUAAUGGCCAUUAGAAAUUCUAUGAGGACACUUGACUUUUAUAAUGUAUGUUUAAUGGUUCAAAUGACAGUAGAUGAUAAAAUAAGUGUAACCAAUGGUUACACUACUACUAAAUUUUAUUUGUUAUUAGAACAACGUUUUAGCUGGUGCAGAAUGAAGACUUGAAGCCCUCAUUAGAUUUAAAUAAUAAAUUAUUUUUAAGAGUAACAUUGGUAUUAUUGGUAUUUUUAAUUAUAAUUGAUCAAUUAUUCGAAUCUGAUGAAGGCUUUCAAGCUGUAUUCUGCAUGAGCCAAAACUUUGUUCUAAAAACGAAUGAAAAUUUCGCAGUAAAACCAUUGUCGUAUUCAUUAUUUUUUAAACGUAUUUUUAUGCAUACAAUCCUAAUUAUUUAAGCAUAUGUAGCUUAUCUGAAGCAGAAAAAAAAUCUCUCGUUAUUUUUUUUCAAAAACUUUCCAUUUUUUCGUAAAAAAUUAGCAAAGUUUGAAGGAAAGCGGUUUUUAAAAAUUUCAAACAGUACAUAAAAAUUUUAAUUUUUUCAAUCUAUACCAGCGUUAAAUUUGUAUUGAACCCUGUACUUUUAAUAUAUAUAUAUAUUAACGUUUAUCCGAUACUUACAUAUUUAUUACAUAUUUAUAUCCGGUAUUUUCAUGUAUGUGUAAAUUGCCUAAUGAAUGUAUAUAUUACAGAGACGUAGAAACACUGGGACUUCGAUGAGAAAUGAAAAUAUUAUGUACAUACUGGGUCCCAACAAAUCUAACGUUCGAGUAUAAAAUUUAAUAAGUUUUGAGUUACUAGAAAAAUAGACAAGAGUUCCUUUUGGUGUUGAUAAUUUUUAAAACUUUAAGAUAUAUCUUUUAUAUGUGAUUGUUACAGCACUUAUUGACAGUAAACUGUAACUCUUGAAGUCCAUUGAAGCUAUACGCCAUGGCUUGCAUGCAUACGUAAAAACUCCUGACAUUCAAAGCAUACAAUAUACCUCUUGAAUGAUUGUUAUCGUAUUGUACAAGUUCAAAGUUCAACGCAAAGUGUUAGCAAUGUAAAAAACUACAGUUACGAUCGUUUAAAAAGUAAUAAAAUUUGUAAAAACUGCAUUCCUUUAAACUUUGCCAACUUUUUACAAAAAAACUAAAGGUAUUUUAAAAAAAUUAUCAGUGUCCAGAAUAACUUUCAACAUUGGGCACCGUAUUUUUUCAAUAUAUUCGUACAGCUUUUUUCCCGUGUAUUAUAAUAAAUGCAAUAAGAAUUUUAACAAGUAUCAGAAUACGCCUUUUCUUCUAACAAAAGAGAGGUCUUCUGGAAAAUCGGUUUACAUCCCAAAUCGAUAUUUUUAAUGACAUCAUAGUAAGUAUACUUUUAAAAAAUGUUAUUUAAUAUAUAUAUAACUAAAAUAUUAUAAUUUACCGGAUAUUACUGGUACCGGAAAAAUCCGUGCUAGGCAGCCGUAAAUCUCAUGCUGCAGUGAGUGCAAAUAAAAUCUGGUAGGCGUCACUGGUUAAAAUGGUUCUAACUCCUCUCCACGUACGCUCUCCUCACCUAUUAAAUGAUAUAUAUUUAACUUUAGAUAUAGGCCUACGUAGCUCCUAUAUUAAAUUUUCUUCCUAUUCAAUGUUUCUAGCCAUGUCAAUAGCAGCGCGCAAGUGGCUCCUUGUGUUAUUUCAU